AUUUUACAAAACCUAAUAAAAACUUUUCAGAAAUAUAUUUUUCUGCUGAAAUGUAUUAAUCCAACACAUUCUCAUAGGCUCAUCAUGUGGUGGACUACACACAUAGAGGGGGGCCCGCGUAGAGUUAAUCAUGCAGCGGUUGCUGUCGGAGAUAAAAUAUUCUCAUUUGGAGGAUAUUGUACAGGAGAUAAUUACAGGGAUUGGAGACCCAUCGAUAUAUUUGUUCUGAACACAUUAAACUUUAGAUGGUCAGAGGUUCCAAAACCGGCUCCUGGAGAACAAUUACUACAAAGAAUUCCCUUUCAAAGAUACGGACACACUGUCAUAGCUUUCGGCGAUUAUAUUUACCUUUUCGGCGGCCGGAAUGACGAAUCUGCCUGCAACGUUUUGUAUCAGUUUGAUACCAAUACCUACCAGUGGAGUGCUCCAACUGUCCAUGGAGAUAUCCCGGCGGAAAGGGAUGGGCACAGUGCCUGCGUGAUCGGGAACUAUAUGUACGUCUUCGGGGGGUACGAGGAGAUGAUCGAGAGGUACGGGCAGGAUGUGUACAGACUGGAUUUGAAAACAUUUGCAUGGAAGCUUUUGAUGUGUCAAGGAGAUCCGCCGGUUCAACGAGAUUUUCACUCAGCGACGGCGAUCGGCGGUAACAUGUUCAUUUUCGGCGGUAGAUCAGAUCUGACCGGGAUAGGAAUGGGCCCCGAUUUCUAUUCAAAUAAAGUGUGCUAUCUGGAUACCCAGACGUUAACCUGGCAUAACCCUGCACUAGAGCAAGGUUGUCAUCCGCCGUGUGGUCGGCGGUCUCACAGUGCUCUCAACCUAGACGGUCGUCUUCUAAUAUUCGGUGGUUACAACGGGAGAACUAAGGAACACAUGAAUGAUCUAUGGAUCCUGGAUCAGGAUUCCUGGAGAUGGGAUCAGAUAAUCCCCUUCGGAGCACCAGCACCUAACCCAAGGCGACGCCAGGCUCUAUGUCGAGUUGGGUCUAAAAUUUACUUGUUUGGUGGAACCUCCCCCUACAAUGGACCUCCUUUAUUCUUCACCCCUGAACAACUAUCCAUGUUACCACAACAGGACGAGGAUAACUCUACUAAAUUAAUGGAUCACAAUGACCUCUACGUUCUUGACCUCAGUCCCUCCCUCAAGACCUUGGCAAUGCUGGAGGUUAAGAACAAGAAUCUCAGCACAAAGGGUCUGCCUGCCUCUAUCCUACGGGAGAUGUUCUAUAUGUCUGCCAGCAACAAGAUUAGUAAACCAUUGAAAACUGUCGAGAGUCUCAGCUCGGGAUAGAAACCAGAUUUCUAGAUUGUAAAAUCCGGAAUACCAGAUUUAUCAGAAUUCUAGUUUGUGAAGUCUGGAAUACCAGAUUUAUCAGAUUUCUAGUUUUUAAAAUCCGGAAUACCAGAUUUAUCAGAAUUCUAGUUUGUGAAGUCUGGAAUACCAGAUUUAUCAGAAUUCCAGCUUUUGAAGUCCAGAAUUCCAUUUUUCUUAAAACUACCAGUCCAGAAUUCCAGUUUUGAAGUCUGGAAUACCAGAUUUAUCAAAAUUCCAGUUUUUGAAGUCCGGAAUACCAGAUUUACCAGUCCAGAGUUCAAGAUUUACUUGUCCAGAAUAUCAGAUUUUGUAGUUCGGAAAAUAAAUUUUUGGAGUUCGGAAUAUCAGAUUUAGGAGACCAUAAUACCAGUUUUGGGAGUCGGGAAUUUAAGAUUUUCCUGUCCGGAAUUCCAGUUUGUAACGUCUAGAAUAUUAAUUUUGAUGUCCGGAAUAUUUUAUUUUGAUGUCCGGAAUAUCUUAUUUUGAUGUCUGGAAUAUCUUAUUUUUAUGUCUGGAAUAUUUUAUUUUGAUGUCCGGAAUAUCUUAUUUUAAUGUCCGGAAUAUCUUAUUUUAAUGUCCGGAAUAUUUUAUUUUGAUGUCCGGAAUAUCUUAUUUUGAUGUCUGGAAUAUCUAAAUUUGAUUUCCAGAAUAUCUUAUUUUAAUGUCCGAAAUAUUUCAUUUUGAUGUCAGGAAUAUGUUAUUUUGGUGUCCGGAAUAUCUUAUUUUGAUGUCCGGAAUAUCUUAUUUUGAUGUCCGGAAUAUCUUAUUUUGAUGUCCAGAACACCAGUAUUGGAAGUAGGGAAUUCAGAUUUUUGAGUCGGGAAUAAGAGUUUUUGGAAUCAGGAAAUAAAUCUAUUCAAAAACUACAAUUUUAUAUUUUCUAAAAAUAUUCUUUCUUUCCAAACAAACAAACAAACAAACAAACAAGCGAUCAACCAUCAUUUCAAACACUUAAUUUAGCAUUGAUAAAGAUAUUCUAUUGUUAAGGAUUUUGGUCUUAAAUUCCUCAAGACUAUUUCAAGUUCAAAGCCUGAAAACCCAAUUCAAAUCAGAAAUCCCAAACGAAAUGUGUGAAUCCAAUCAAAAUUUGAAAUCCAAUCAAAAUUUGAAAUUCCUAAAACAAACCUAAAAUCUGAAAUUUCAGUUUAUAUCAACACCAAACAUGAAAUUACAAUCCAAACCAAUUACGGAAAUUAUUCUACAUCUAGGAUGCAUUUGAUUUUUUUUUUUCUAAUCAAAUAACUUAACUGUCAUCAAUACAGACAAAAACUAUUCCAAAGAUUUUUUUUACAAAAAAAAACACGAAAUUUCAAAAUUAAUCUAUGUUAGAUCUGAAAUUUUGUUACCGAAAUUAAAGAUGUGAAAAGUACAUUUGUUCGUUCUUUAUUGAUACAAACAUUUUCUGGAUCUUUCUAGCAAACUGUUUUAUCCUAAAUAGGGGAUGGGGGGGGGGACAUGACAACACACUGAGAUUAUGUGGCAAUUUUAAGAACAAUUUCUUUAUCGAGCUGAAAAGCAACUAAAACUUUUUUAAUGUUAGAAUAAUUAUAAAAUAUUUAGAUAUGUAUGGAGGGUACAUUUUUUACUAAAAUUGUGAAGAAGUUGAUACUAAGUCAGGGGCGUAUAGAGAUUUUUUCUUCGGGGGUGGAAAGAAGCGCUAAAAGAAGCUUCCCCCCUCCUAUGCUUUUUUCUCUUUAGUUUCAAGUAUGGUGGCCCCCCCCUGUAUACGCCCCUGUUCAUUAAUUUCAGCCACUUUUAGAAGUUAUUUUUAUUUGGUUUAGCUGAAAUUAUUAAUAUAACAUCCCCACUUAAAUCACUUUAAGUGUGAAAUAUUGUUAAAUUGUAUAUAUUUAUAUCAUUAUUUCAUUUAAUGUAAUCAUUUAUUCAUUCGUUAUUAUUUAAUGUUAUUCAUUGUAAUAAUAUGUACAUUUAUUCAUACAUUUAUUCUAUUGUGUAUUCAUUAAACAUUUAUUCAUUCUUAUUAUUGAUUUUUUUGUAAUUUGGAAAACUGACGUGAAAAAACAUCAACUUCAAGUAAAUCUUGCUGCUCUAUGGUAUUCCUGGGCCAGAAUUAUCUAUAAUGUUAAAAAAAACUGGCUCUGUCACAAAUCCGCGAAAUUUUCGAUCAACCUGAUUUUUUUAUUGACAAAAUAUCGAUGAUGCUGGUUAUCAGGAACUAUCAGGAACAUGAUUGCGCGAUGAACAGGCUUGGCUGAGUUACUAAUUUCGAAAAUAGAGAUAUCAUGCGAAUUUUCAGAUUGGGUAACAGUCCCUUUUUGGGUUGCUAUUAGCUUUAUUAAACCGAAUUCCCCCCCCCCUCUCUGUUAAAUAAAAACAGCAAAUGGUGAUUUGACUUAGAUGGGUUCGAUACCGGUUUAUAUCUAAAAGUAUUACCAAAAUAAAUCAUUUCUCGAAGGGGGGGGGGGUUAAUUUUUGAAUUUUAAUUUUUAAAAGUAUUGAUGUGCCGUGUGCUUAUUUAAAAUAUGCAUUAUGAAAUAUAUAUUUAUAUUAUAUUUUGUAUUUAAACAUCCUUUUUUAAUUCUCUCGGUGAGUGGUCGUCUUUCGCUUAAACCAAUUUAUAAUUAUACCAAUAAAUUAACUUAUUUCA